GUUAGAACAGUCAACUAUUUACAUUACCAAGGCAAAAUGAAAGCCAUAUUCGCAGUCCUUGCUAUCGUUGCGAUCAGCUUGUAUACCGCAGACGCAGUAGAAGAGGUUACUUGUCCAGAAAAUGACACAGGUGAUUAUGUAUUAAUUUCGCAUCCAUGCAGUUGCACGACCUAUUUCGUUUGCCUGGGAUACGAACCAAUCCCCAUGGAGUGUCCACGAGGUCUUUGGUUCAGUCAGGAAGGACAGAAGUGCGAUUGGAAGAACAAAGUUAAAUGUACUAUACAACCUGGAUGUAGUAGUUCUUAAAGUCUGUAUUUAAAGUAACACAGUUGCAUAUCUAUACAAUGAAAACCG